AUGCUGACUGCUUCUACAAACAUUUGUGACACAACUGGUCGCUCUCAGGAGCUCAGUGAAUUCAAGCGUAAUACCGUGAUAGGAUGCCACCUGUGCAAUAAGUUUAUCUGUGAAAUUUCCUUGCUACUAAACAUUCCACGGUGAACUGUUAGUGGUAUUAGAACAAAGUGGAAGCAACUGGGAACAACAGCAGCUCAGCCACAAAGUGGUAGGCCAUGUAAAAUGACAGCGGGGUCAGCACAUGCUGAAGCACACAGUGCACAAUAGCUAAAGACCUCCAAACUUUGUUUCCAGUGAAAGGAACUCUUAAGCUGUCAGCAUACCAAGACAUUUUGGACAAUUUCAUG